AUGGCAAGCAAAAAGCGAGAAAUCCAGCUACAGGCGGUCAUCAAUAAUCAGAGCCUGUGGGAUGAGAUGUUGCAGAACAAAGGCCUAACAGUGAUUGAUGUUUACCAAGCCUGGUGUGGACCUUGCAAAGCAAUGCAGACUUUAUUCAGAAAAUUGAAAAACGAAGUGAACGAAGAUGAAAUUCUGCAUUUUGCUGUAGCAGAAGCUGACAGCAUUGUGACUUUGCAGCCAUUUAGAGAUAAAUGUGAACCUGUCUUUCUCUUCAGUGUUAAUGGCAAAAUUGUUGCAAAAAUCAAGGGUGCAAAUGCGCCACUUGUUAAUCAAAAAAUUAUUACCUUGAUCAAUGAGGAGAGGAAAAUUGCAGCAGGUGAAAUGGUUCGCCCUCAGUAUCAUGAAGUUGCGUUUGUGGACUCAGACGCAGAAGAUGCUGGGGAAGCAGCCUAUGAAAGUGUUGAACAAGUAUAUAGUAUUGUCAUUAUCAAACCCGAUGCUGUGGUUGCUAGCAAAGUUCUAGAAAUUAAAGACAAAAUUAUCAAUGCACAAUUUGUUAUCGAAGCAGAGGAUAAGAGACUGCUCACUGAAGAACAAGUCAAGUACUUCUAUAGUCAAUUAGCAGACCAGCCUGACUUUGAAGAUUUUGUUUCUUUUAUGACAAGUGGCCUAAGCUAUAUUCUAGUUAUAUCUCAAGGAAAGGAACAACAGCCUCCCUGGGAUAAAAGUGACCCUAAUUCUGAGGCAGAACCUAAAGAACCAUUGGACGACCAGCAGGAGACGGCCAGGGCCAUGGGGAUGAUGCAGAAGCUGGAAAGUUUACAAGAAUAUCUGGAAAGACAAAAUAUAUCUCAGUUUUGUGAUGUUGAAGAGAAUAUAACUAAUACUAAGUUCAUUGACGUCUUCUUCCCUGAUUUUAAAAGAAUGAAAAGCAUAAAAGUAGAAAAGAUACUGGCAUUACUUCGACCAGCCCUCUUUCAUGAAAGGAAAGAGGCCGUUUUGAACAUCAUUGAAGAUGAAGGCUUUAAAAUACUGAUGCAAAGACAAAUAGUAUUAUCAAGAGAAGAAGCAGAAACACUGUGCAAGGAACAUGAAAAUAAAGAUUAUUUUGAAAGUCUUAUAGAAAACAUGACCAGUGGUCCGUCUCUAGCCCUUGUUUUAUUAAGGGAAAAUGGUUUAAGACACUGGAGACAGUUAAUUGGACCAAGCACUGUCAAAGAAGCUGAAGAAUAUUUUCCACAGAGGUAUGAUUUGUGUCAGGGGUCCCCCACUUUUUUCAUGGGAGCAGUUUUGGUUUCUUUUUGGAUAUGGGGCACAGGAACCACAGCUCCAGUCCAAGGGACGAUCUCAGGAAAGCUACUUUUGCUGGAUAAGGAGUGGACUGCUUAUGAUUGGAAGCCUAGCCUAGUGUCAACCUGAUAUGGCCAUGGCUUUGCAAGAGAAGGAUGU